UUUGCGCUGCAGUCCGCGGAGAUGCUGAUGCUGAGGCAGAGCCCGUGUUGACUCGCAGCUAGCUUUGGUUGAUUUUUAGUUUAAUCUCAAUGUUUCUCGAGAUGUUGUGUGUUCUGAGGCUGCAGCCUUACUUUGACCUGUGUGUGGGCGCGGUGCUCUUGGUUUUAGCAGGUCUGCAGCAGGUGGAAGCCGACUCCGCAGCCUCUGCCUCCGGCUCUGAGUCCGACAUGGCCAGCCUGAACUGGAAGCCCUUCAUUUAUGGGGGAAUGGCCUCGAUUGUCGCAGAAUUUGGCACGUUCCCUAUAGAUUUGACCAAGACACGGCUGCAGGUCCAGGGCCAGUCCCAGUACACAGAGGUGCGGUACAGGGGUAUGUUCCAUGCACUAUUCAGGAUCGGCAAAGAGGAGGGCGUCCGGGCACUCUACUCAGGGAUUUCUCCAGCUCUGCUAAGACAGGCCUCGUAUGGGACCAUCAAGAUCGGGACCUACAACACUCUGAAACGCCUCUUCGUCAGCCGCCCAGAAGAUGAGACAAUGGUGAUAAACGUGUUUUGUGGAGUGGUGUCUGGAGUCCUGUCCUCAUCUUUGGCAAACCCCACAGACGUCCUCAAGAUCCGAAUGCAGGCUCAGGGAAGUCUGCUGCAGGGGAGCAUGAUGUCCAACUUCAUCAACAUCUACCAGACAGAAGGCACCCGGGGUCUGUGGAGGGGCGUGAUUCCCACAGCUCAACGUGCCGCCAUUGUUGUUGGUGUAGAACUUCCUGUUUAUGACAUCACCAAGAAACACCUCCUACGCUCCGGCCUCAUGGGAGACACCAUCCUGGCUCAUUUCAUCUCCAGUUUUACGUGUGGCCUCGCGGGGGCGCUGGCGUCCAACCCUGUGGAUGUGGUGAGGACGCGGAUGAUGAAUCAGCGUGUCCUGUCCGGGGCGCCACUGUACAAAGGCACCAUGGACGGCGUGAUGCAGACCUGGAAGAACGAGGGAUUCUUUGCUCUCUACAAAGGCUUCUGGCCCAACUGGCUCCGGCUCGGACCUUGGAACAUCAUCUUCUUCAUCACAUUUGAGCAGCUGAAGAAACUCCCAUUUUAAGCUGAAGGGCUGAAGUUUGUAUCUCACACAUUUGUCACAUCACUGGAGCCUGCAGCCUCCCAUGCAGCUCAUAUUUUAUUUACCUCCAUUUGGAAAGACUUGAAUCUCUCUCCUUUGACUGACACUCCCAAGAAGCUACCAACCCAUGAUAAGUCACCACACACUUCUGUACUGUGUAGAUAAUGUACAGAUUUCAAACACAGACCUGAAGUAGGCCAAUGUGAAUAGAAUUUUAAUUGUAAAUCAUGAAGUUUAUACAAAUUUAUUUAUAGUUUGGUGUGUGUUUGAAUUAAAUACUAUUUAUUCUAGUUUUAUGAGUUACAGAAAUGACCUAUACACUAGGUUUUUGAAUAGGGCUGCAAAAUUAAUCACAAUCAAAUUUGAAUGGACACAGGCAAAUGAACAAGGCUGCAAUGUUUGAAGUAUUCCUAUUUUCUCCACAAACAACAAAAUCUCCUGUCUUAUUCUGCAUGAAAACUGAUAACCCUGUAGUUUAGAUCUGUACAAACAUGUUCUGAAAUGUGAUUCUUGUAUAUGUUUGUCAGUCUUUUUGUCAAUUGAGGGAGGCAACAGUAGCAGUAGACAGUAACAUAAAAACGUCAUUGGUAGAGCAAUCAGAUCCACUAACCCACAGACUGGCACUGCAAUUCUAGCACCCACAGAUUAAUGCUGUUGUUGUGUCCUUGGGCAAGACACUUAACCCACCUCCUCCCCAGUGCCUGCGUACACUGGUGUAGAGAGUGUGUGUAUGUGAAUGGGUGAGUGGUUCCUUGAAAAAGCGCUUUGAAGGUAGAAAAGUGCCAUGUAAAAAUAUGAACCGAAUCCUCUUAUUAAAACAAAAAAUCUAAUCACAGUCGCAAUGUUGACCAAAAAAUUGCUGUUAGAGAAUUUUUCCAAAUCUUGCAGCCCUAUUUUGAAAAAUAUUAGGUUUAUAUACAACUACAUUAGUGACACCGUCUAUAGACACUGGAUACACAAAGUCCUAAAAUCCAACAGAAAACUCCAAGU